UCAGGACGCGCACUCAAAAAGCAGAUGCCUCACCUGCAGCAGGUCUGCUCCGGGCGCUGAACUGUUUUACUCUCCGUUUCUACUUCCAUCCUCUGAGACUGGCAGUAAAUAGAAAAAGACACCAUCAUCUCUGCUAUUUUAGAUGAAGAAUGGGCUGCGCGAUUUCAGGUCUGGCAACAAAAACUGAGUUUUCUCAGACGGACCGAGAGGAUGCUGCAGCUGCUGCGCAUCCCAGCGAGGAGCAGAUUCAGAUGAUCAAGGAUUCCUGGAAAGUUAUUAGAGACGAUAUAGCCAAAGUUGGGAUUAUUAUGUUUGUCAGGUUGUUUGAGACCCAUCCCGAGUGCAAGGAUGUCUUCUUCCUGUUUCGAGACGUGCAAGACCUGGAGAGGCUGAGGACAAACCGGGAUCUCCGAGCUCAUGGCCUGCGGGUGAUGUCCUUUAUUGAGAAGACUGUGGCCAGGCUGGAUCAGCCAGAGAGACUGGAAGCUCUGGCUGUGGAGCUGGGAAAAAGCCAUUAUCACUAUAAUGCGGCUCCUAAAUAUUACAAUUAUGUUGGAGCAGAGUUCAUCUGUGCUGUGCAGCCUAUCCUGAAGGAGAAGUGGACCACCGAGUUGGAGGAGGCUUGGAAGAUUAUGUUCCAGUACCUAACCAGCCUGAUGAAGCAGGGAUAUCAGGAAGAGAGCGCCCGACAGCGUAACCUUGCAGCGUCACCAAAGGACAGACUGGAUAAGAACACAGCUCUAUGAGAUCAUCUGUCUCUAAACAACUACAGACUGGUUUUACAAACAAAGCACAGAAAUGUGUACAUGUAUACAAGUUUCUUUUUUCUAUACGGUUCAUGUCCAGUAGUUAUGUCCCAUUUUAUCAGAAAGAACUGCAAUCAUUUGAGAUUAACAAAACUUUAUUUCUGAACUUAAAUUCUGAUGCCUUGAUUGAAGAACAUGAAGGAACAAUACAAAACCUUUUUGAUAGGUACAGCAUAGUCUGACCAUGUAAAUAGAAAGGGGGACAAUUGUUAGUGAUUGUACAGAAAUGAAACCUAGACAUAAAUUAUGCUGAACAAUCACAAAUUGAUUUAGCUCUAUUCCCAUACAACCACUUUCAAACUAUGAAAAAAGGAACGAUUUACCUAAAUUAAAAAUGCCAACCCUGCACAACAUAAAUAAGGAUUAACAAGCUAAAUCAAAGGCUGGUAAGCACUGGACUGUGUGGGAUUGGCCCCCGGAGAAGCAGGGCUUUCCCCAACUUUUAAAAGGUUCAGAUUCAAUUAAUGGUCACAUGCUCCAUAUUGUACAAGAAAAUUAAAAUCCUCAGGUUUUGUUCUUAAUCACCGGAUGGCACUUAACAGUCAGGGAUAAUGCAUCACCAUGUAAACGACGGCAUCAUAUCUACACAGUCACCAGGAGGAUGAUUCUGAAUUUUUCAGGCGAGCAGGAAGAGAGCCUAGUGGGGCUGGAGAUCACAUCAUCACAAGGUGCCCCAUCCCUUUUCCUCAAACUGAAAUGGAAAGUUCAGAUAUCCACUGUUUUCAUAAAGAGUCUAUCGCUCAUUG